UUACAUUCAAGACAAGACAUGUUGGUUAAAUAAAUUUGUGUGCAAGACCCUCCUUUCAUCCUCUUCCGCUCGAGCUAUACCCCCCUCCACUUCAACCCUUCGUGGGGCUAGUUUUCUAGUUCAGUUGGAUUAGAGUAUGGGUUUCGUGACGUUCCAGAGGAAAAGGAUCGGGGAAACCCUUCUGCCGAGGGAGUCGCCGGCCUCGGCCGACUGCCCGAGGCACGUGGUGAUAGUCAUGGACGGCCUGAAGAGCUUCACGACAGCUCCGCUGGAGUGGGCGCUCGAGAAUCUGAUCAGCACCGGCUGUACUGUCACCCUCAUAGGCGUGAUGCCGUGGUUGAACAUUCCUCUUUCCAGCAAAAUCUCGUCCGGUGUUUGGCCAGUGGAAUGGGCGACCUUGGCGAAUCUACAAGAGAGGAACGAGUGGAGGAGUGACGUCAAAUACCUGAAGUUGCAGGCAGUGAUUGAUCUCUGCAAGAAAUAUGGGGUGGUGCCACAGAAGGAUAUGGUGAUGGGAUAUCCUUCAAGGCUUCUGGUUGUGGAGAAGAUCACCAGCCUUCAUGCCACAUGGGUGGUCUUUGAUAGGCAUCAGAGAAAGAACAGGGAGUUCUACGCCAAGAGAAUUCCGUGCAACAUGGUGAUGAUGAAUCAGAACGGAGAGGGAGACAUGUUCAGAGGCAGAAGCUGCAUCAGUGACAGUGAAGGCAACACUCCAGGGGAGUCUCCUGCCUCCUUUGUGCCCACCCCAGAGGUUUUGAUCUCUAAAGAGCUCAGGGAGAUCCUCAGGGACCGUGUUUUGUAUUCCAUGCUAUGAGCUGGUUGGAUUUAACCCGCAACGACGAGGACUUUGCGUUUGCGUCUACAGACACUUACUUAAAUCUUCGUGGAAUAAGAUGGUGAUUAUGGAUAUACGGCUUAUAUUAGUGUCCAAUCUACCACGGCCACACUCUUUAAGAUUGUUGUGCUUUCUGAUCCUCUUUUGCAUUGCCUUGGUUCUGUUUCUGACCAUCUGCGCUUGAUGAUUUCAAGCAAAGCUGCACCCUUCUUUUUUUUUUUU